AUGGGUAGUGCGGAAAAUGUAACAUGGCUUCAGAAGCUCUCUGAGCAAUUAAACAUCGAUGUCGACUGGAUGGACCCGGCAUACACCCUGAGCAUGCCCAUUGUUCCCCAUGAUAUGACCAGCAACCAAGGCUGGGUGCAUGAGCAAUUGUGUAACCCAGUGAACGAAGAGCUGUUCAAGAGUGUAGUCAAAGAGUACAAGGAUCAGGGAUGGUUAGCGAUCUAUACUCGCAUGGCAUGCUUGAUGUCCAAGGCCAACCUCGACAAUAUUCAAGGCCGGUGUCUGCUUCAGACCCUCCCCUCCAACGCCUAUAAUACAGAAAAGACAAUAGAGCACGCGCGGGCCUACGCACGUGAGUUCGAGAAGCUGGGAGUUUCCAAAGAUCGCUUCUGCAUCAAGAUCCCCAGCACCGGACCGGCUUUGAAUGCUUGCCCAAUUCUCAAGGAAGAGGGAAUCCGCACGCUUGGAACGACGCUUUUCAGUGUCCACCAGGCUAUUGCGGCCAGCCAGGCUGGCUGUUUAUAUGUCAGCCCGUACUAUAACGAGGUUCGCGCACACGACGAGCAGGAACUGUGGCCCAAAUCUGACGACCCGGCCCUUCUGCACCCCAUGUCACCUCGAUUGGUUCAGAUCUUGGAGACAUACAAGCGACUCUAUAAGGAGACAGGCCAAGAGCAGCCUUUCCUCAAGAAUGCUAGCUUCAUUUCGCCGCAAGAAGCAAUGGCAGCCGGCGAACUGGGCUGCCACUCGGCGACUAUCUCUCACAUGGUACUCACGGAACUGGCAAAUCUUCCAUAUGAUGGAUCGAAGCAGCCCGGAGAGGGCGUAAACAAGCCCGCUCACCCGUACAAGAAUGCGGCGCCCACGCCUGAACGACUGAAGAAGAUUGCUCAGACUGACCCACUGAUCGGUCCUAACUGGGACGGAAAGCUGUCUAGAACAGAUAUUGACUACCUUGCAAACGGUGGUUCUGAGCUCGACAAGGCAAAUGAGGCAGAUCCGGAGACCAAGAAGCGACUUCGCGAGGCCCUUGCGCUGUUCGUUGGAGCGGAAAAGAGAAGCCAGGCGAAAAUUGAAGAGGCUAUGAAGGCGCUUUAG